UCGCAAAAAUAGGUCAGUUUAAUAUUGGACGUCAUACUUUAAGUGUGUUAUAACUGGAAUAAAUUUUGUCUGAUAAAACUGAAUACAAUUCGAUAAGAAUAUCACUUUAAGAUGCCACUAGCUACAGCAAAAGUUAAUGGAAUGAUUAAUGGUAUGACAUUGCCCAACAAUGUUAUAGACGAUCAAGUCUUUUUAUACACUUCUGAAUCCGUUGGCGAAGGUCAUCCAGAUAAGAUUUGUGAUCAAAUAAGUGAUGCAAUUUUAGAUGCACACUUGCGUCAAGAUCCAAAUGCUAAGGUUGCUUGUGAGACUGUUACAAAAACUGGUAUGAUUUUACUUUGCGGAGAAAUAACAUCUAAUGCAGUCGUGGAUUAUCAAAAUGUAGUACGCAAUACUGUUAAGGAAAUUGGUUACGAUGACAGUUCCAAAGGUUUUGAUUAUAAAACAUGUAAUGUAUUGUUAGCCUUAGAUCAGCAAUCCCCGGAAAUAGCUGCAGGCGUACAUGCUAAUCGUCCUGAUGAGGAAAUUGGUGCUGGUGAUCAGGGCAUUAUGUUCGGCUAUGCUACUGAUGAAACUGAUGAAUGUAUGCCUUUAACAGUAAUUUUAGCACAUAACUUAAACAAACGUAUUGCUGAAUUACGUCGUUCUGGUGAAUUGGAUUGGGCACGUCCUGACUCUAAGACACAGGUUACAUGCGAGUAUCAUUUUCGUAAUGGUGCUGCCAUACCAUUACGUGUGCAGGCUGUCGUUGUAUCGGUCCAACAUUCUGAGCAUAUAUCUUUAGAUGACUUACGUGCACAGGUUCUCGAAAAGGUGAUUAAACAUGUAAUACCACCUAUGUACUUUGAUGCUAAUACAAUAAUACAUAUUAAUCCAUGCGGUAAAUUUGUUAUUGGCGGCCCGAUGGGUGAUGCUGGUCUCACUGGACGUAAAAUAAUUGUAGACACCUAUGGUGGUUGGGGCGCACAUGGUGGAGGAGCUUUUUCGGGUAAAGAUUUCACAAAAGUAGAUAGAUCGGCUGCUUAUGCUGCGCGUUGGGUAGCUAAGUCUUUGGUUAAAUCUGGUUUAUGCAAACGAUGCUUAGUUCAACUAUCAUAUGCAAUUGGUUUGGCUGAACCAUUAUCGAUUGCUGUAUUUGAUUAUGGUUCAUCGCAUAAAACUGAAUUGGAAUUACUUAAUAUUAUAAAAAAGAAUUUUGAUUUACGUCCUGGUAUGAUUGUAAAAGAUUUAAAUUUGAGACAACCAAUAUAUCAGCGAACAAGCACUUAUGGUCAUUUUGGACGUGAAGAAUUCACUUGGGAACAAGCGAAGCCCUUGGUUAUCGAUAAUAAGUAAAAAUACAUUUUCAUAUAUACAAAAAUUCGAAAAAAAUUAACUUUUAGGUAUUUUAAUCU